CUUUCGAACUCCCUGACAACGCCAAGGAGUGCUUUUACGAGGAGAUCGAGAAGGGACGGAGUGCACGUCGAGUAUCAGGUUGUCACAGGUGGACACUAUGAUGUCGAUGUCCUUGUUGAGGGACCUGCACGACAAAUUUUGUACCGUGAAAUCAAGCAACAGUAUGGACAGUUCCAGUUUACUCCAGACCAUACUGGGACGUAUCAGGUGUGCUUCAGUAAUGAGUUUUCAACCUUUAGUCACAAACUCAUCUACGUAGAUUUUCAAGUAGGCGAUGAGCCACAGCUACCAGGUGUUGGGGAUUUCACAGCAAUGACCCAGAUGGAGUCAUCAUCACAAAAGGUUCACGAGAACCUAAACUCUAUAAUAGAUUAUCAGACCCACCACCGACUACAGGAGGCCCAGUCACGGAAAAGAGCCGAGGACCUCAACGAACGCGUCCUCUUCUGGGGUGGGGAGACUUUGGGUAUUCUGGUCAUUGCGGUCGGCCAGGUCAUGAUACUGAAGAACUUCUUUGCAGACAAGAAGAGCAAUCAAGCUGCCUAUUAAGCCGACUGCAUUUAUCAGCAGUUUGUCUCCUUGCCACUUUGAAGAGAUCAGAUCCCUUAUCAUCAUCAGGAAAGAACAAAUUGUUUGUAUAUUAACGGUUUAUAACGAUUUAUUUUUAUGAAAGGAUUUGUCAGUUAUGAUGGAGCACAUACUUCUGUCAGCCCAAAUGGUCUUUAAGUUGUCUUCACGAAGAGGGAAAAAAAGAGAAAAGUAUGGGUUCACUGAAUUACAUGUUUCUAAAUAAUGAAAAAUUUAAGUAUCAGCAGUAUUGUGAACUUAGUACAUGUGAGCAUUUAGUCAUUGUUAUCGAGGCAUUUUAUUAUUCAUCGUUUUAUGCUGGAAAUUUUGACGUUUUUGAACACAGAUAUGGAUAUUGUAACUCUUCUGUUCUGGAAAGUCUAAAGCGUUCGGGUCUAAUUUCAUUUAAUUUCAGAUAUUUUAAAAUGUAACCAUUGUAUAAUAAGAUUUUUGAGGAAUGACUUAGUCUUUUUGUUUUGCAAAUUUUAUUUUAUUUUAUUUUUAGCUGUUGAGUGUUUAUAGAAUUAUAUGUUAUAGGUAAAAAUGAAUCUGCAAAUAAAUUAAAAAUUAACACAUCUACUGCCACAAAUUUCUUUAGAUUUAGAUUAAUGGCAUGAGGUUAGAUACGCUCCGGAAUGAUCAGUUGCAUCAACUGUUACCAUCUCAUGUUAAUGCAAAAAAUAAACUUUAAUCUCUUUUUAUGCUAGUUAAUUUUUUAAAAAUCAUUCAUUGCAGUCACCUUCAGAAUAGAUCUCAAAAUACAGCAAAAAAAAAA